AUGGCUCCUCGUUGGAUUGAGGAGAUUGAGAAAUGCUUCACGGUUCUAGGAUGUUCUGACGCUGAAAAAGUGACAUUGGCGGUGUACCAACUCCAAGAGAUUGCCCAUGAUUGGUGGAGGGCUACGAGAGUGACCGUUUUCCCCGAAGGAGUGGUGCCUAAUUGGAAUGCAUUCUCUGAGGCAUUCAUUGGGAAGUUCUUCUCUGCAGCUGCUCAGGAGCAGAAGCAAGAAGAUUCAGAGAUGGGCUACAACCUCGACCUCCGUAGCCAACCGGUGGCUUUGGACCCGCAGAACUAUGAGGAGCUAUAUAGGCGGGGCCAACCGAUUGAAAGGGACAUGAGGGAAAGAAGGAAAAUCGCCCCUGGACCGCGAUUCGUUCCUCGGAGGGACAAUCGUAACUUUGGGAAGAGGCCAAUGAUGAACAACGGGCGAUUUAUUCCUCCAGUGAAGAAAGGAAUUGGGAAGCCGACUCGCCCGAACAACCGGAACCGUCGUCUCUGUGGAAGGCGACAUGGAAAUGGACCUUGCCCCGGUCGGGGAGGUGCCUGUUUCAGAUGUGGCAAGAUGGGCCACCAUGUUAGGCGGUGCACCGAGAAAGCUCCUGGAGAUUUUCCACAGAUGGUAAGGCCGCAAGGAGGGCCUCGGAUUGGAGCUGCUCCUCAAGGGAGCCAGAACCGACCGCCGGCGCAAGGAAGAGUCUAUGCUGUGGCGCGAAAGGAUACCGAGAAUGCGUCCGGCGUAGUCACAGGUACGGUUCUUCUCUGUGGUCAUGCUGCAUAUGCUUUGUUUGACCCCGGAGCUUCGCAUUCAUUCGUGUCUGCUCAAUUUGCUGAUUUGGCUGGAAUAGAGUUAAAACCGUUGGAAGUAGUAUUGCAUGUGGCUACACCCUUAAAGAAUGAAGCGUUGGUUUCCUUAGGGUGUCAGAACCGUAAGAUAGUGAUUGGCGAUAGUGAAGAACUAAUCGAUCUUGCUGUGUUGCCCAUGUAUGACUUUGAUGUUAUUGUUGGGAUGGAUUGGUUAGGCAAAUUAAAGGCUGUGGUUGAUUGUGGUAGCAGGGCGAUUCAAUUCUUUCCCUAUCCGGAGAUGGAAUCUCAGUGGAUCCCGCUAAAAUCGAAGCGGUGA